CAUGGCAAGUUGCAUUAAUUAGUAAUUUCCUUCAUUUCUGAUUCAUCAAUUAUAUAAAUAAAGACAUGCAUGCUUGGAUGAGAUCAAGAGCAUGAUCAGCCAAUUAUAUAUUGAAAUUACAAGAAAGAAUAUACAAUGUUGGGGGGCCAAUCUUGGUGCUGCUUCAGUACAGAUUCCUCAGACCAGCUUUUCAAUGAAUUGCCACAACCCUUCUCUCUUCCUUCACCCAUUCCAACAUGGCCUCAAGGACAAGGAUUUGGUGGAGGAAAGAUAUGCCUAGGAGACAUAGAAGUUGUUCAAAUAGGUACAUUGGAAAGUAUAUGGAAUUGCAACCACUCAAGCAGAAAAGGGACAAGAGGAGCCACCUUUUAUCGACCCGUUGGAAUCCCCGAUGGCUAUUUCUGCCUCGGUCACUAUUGCCACCCCAACAAUCAACCCCUUCGAGGCUUUCUUCUUGUAGCCAAAGAAAUCAUAACUAAUCCAUCUUCAAAUCCUCCUGCUCUUUCCGAGCCUUCGGGCUACACUUUAGUGUGGUGCAUCGAUAGCUAUGAAAGUAAUAUUGGCACAUGCUACAUAUGGUUGCCAAACCCGACGAAAGGAUAUAAAGCUACAGGAUUUGUGGUCACCGAUGGGCCCGAAAUGCCAGGGCUUGAUGAAGUUCGAUGCGUGAGGGAAGAUCUUACAGAAGUAUGUGAAACAUUCGACGUGAUCAUGGAGACAUAUUCGAAGAUUUCGAAGAAAACUCUUAAGGUUUGGAAAACUAGACCUUCUCAAAGGGGUAUAUGGGCUAAAGGAGUUUCGGUUGGGACGUUUUUUUGCAUGACAACGUCGGAUGUUGACUUAGGAGAAAACCUUGGGAUUGCAUGCUUGAAGAAUCUUGACUCGGGGUUAAGCGCGAUGCCGAAUAUCGAACAAGUUCAUUCGCUUAUUCAACACUAUGGGCCGAGAGUGUUUUUCCAUGAGGACGAGACCUACAUGCCUUCUUCGGUCUCGUGGUUCUUUGAAAACGGGGCGCUUCUUUUUGGGAAUGAGAAGUUUAACGGGGAGAGGAUUCCUACGACGGGAUCCAACUUGCCCGUGGGUGGAAGUAACGAUAAAGAGUAUUGGAUAGACUUGCCGAAAGAUGAAACAAAGAGAGAUUAUCUUAAGAAGGGAAACCUCGAAAGUGCGGAGUUUUAUGUUCAUGUGAAGCCGGCUUUUGGUGGGACUUUCACCGAUAUCGCUAUGUGGGUGUUUCACCCCUUCAAUGGACCAUCAACCAUCAAGGCUAGCCUUGUGAACAUUGGGUUGAACAAAAUAGGGGAGCACAUAGGCGAUUGGGAGCAUUUCACUCUUCGUUUGAGUAACUUCACCGGAGAACUAUGGAGCAUUUACUUGUCGCAACAUAGCGGGGGAAAUUGGGUAGACGCCUUUGACUUGGAGUUCUUCAAUGGGAAUAGGACGAUUGUUUAUUCGUCGAAAUCGGGUCAUGCAACUUUCCCCCAUCAAGGAUGUUUCCUCCAAGGAACAUCAAAGUUGUCUAUUGGAGUAAGGAAUGACACUUCCAAGAGCAAACACUAUGUGGACUCCAAUACCAAGUACCAAAUCGUGGCAGCCGAGUAUCUAGGAAACGAUGUUGUGAAACAACCACAUUGGCUACAAUACAUGAGAGAAUGGGGUCCUACGAUAGUUUACGAUACAUGGUCUGAAAUAGACAAGAUAAUGAGCCAUUUCCCGGUGUUCAUUCGCUUCUCAGCUGAUCUACUUUUCGAGUUGUUCCCCACUGCAAUUUACGGAGAGGAAGGACCGACAGGACCUAAGGAGAAAAACAAUUGGGAAGGAGAUGAAAGGUGUUAGACCCCAUGAUGAUCACUUGCAUGGAUUUCAUUUUCUGAUAUAACUAUCGCGUUAUCUUCGAGAGAUAGCGAAGAAUAUACUAGUAUGCCAGAGCUUGAGGUUGUUAUAUAUCUUAAUUGUUACAUGCAUAUUGAUAUUACUGUUCUUUCAGUAAAGGAAGCAAAAUAAUAUUGUAAUUGUAAUCUGUAACAGUGUUUGAGUUGUAUUAUGACUAUAUAUUAUAAAAUAUGGAGAAAAUUCAAAUUAAUCAUACAUAGACUUUUUAUCUUGUA